AUGUCUGGCGAAGACACUCAGAACAGGUUGGAGGCAAUCAAACAGUAUCUUGCUACUUCAUCUUCUUCUUGGACUUCGCGGACUAUUACUGAUAAUCCACUCUUUCAACGUCUUGCUCAUCAAGUGGAUCCUAUGAAAGUGCCCUUAUUGUCUCACGACUCAGAUUCAGACGAUUCUAUUACAUAUUACAGAGAUAUGGCACAAAAUAGGACGUUGAAAGAGUUGGCUGCGCCAGAUAUUGAUCAACAACCGCUAUGCAUUCAAUAUGCACCCCUUGAUGUGAACUUUGAACUCAAGUCGGGCCUCAUUCAUUUAUUACCAUCGUUCCAUGGGCUGCCUGGUGAGGAUCCGAAUAAUCAUCUCAAGGAAUUCCAUAUUGUAUGCUCUAGUAUGAAGCCAGCCUCAGUGACAGAAGAACAAAUAAAACUCCGAGCUUUUCCUUUCUCUCUAAAGGAUUCAGCAAAGGAGUGGCUGUAUUAUCUCCCCCCUGGUACUGUGGAGACCUGGAACACUAUGAAGACCUUGUUUUUGGAGCGGUAUUUUCCAGCGUCUAAAGUGGGGAGUAUAAGGAAAGAAAUUUGUGGCAUCAGGCAGGCUGUGGGAGAAUCACUCUAUGAUUACUGGGAGCGCUUUAAGCGGUUGUGUGCUAGUUGUCCUCACCAUCAGAUCAGUGAGCAACUAUUGAUUCAAUAUUUCUAUGAGGGAUUACUGCCGUUGGACAGGAGUAUGAUUGAUGCAGCCAGUGGGGGUGCACUAGUUGAUAAGACUCCUGCUGCAGCCAGGAGCUUGAUUUCUAAUAUGGCUGCUAACUCACAACAGUUUGGCAUUCGUCAAGAUCCUGUUCCACCGCCUAAAUCAGCUAAUGAAGUGAGCACCUCUAAUGCUAAUCAGCUGGGUCAACAAUUGGCUCAAUUAACUGCCGUGGUACAACAACUAGCUCUAGGCCAACAGGUGCGGCCAUGUGGAAUUUUGUCAACUGAAGAAGCCAAUGCCGUUGGAGGAUUUCCAAGUCAACCUAGACCGAGGUACAACCCAUAUUCAAACUCUUAUAAUGAAGGGUGGCGUGAUCAUCCUAACCUUCGUUAUGGUAAUCAACAAGCUGCGCAACCAGGGCCCAAUAUGCCACCAGGGUUUACCUAUCAACCGAGACCUCCACAGAAUUAUGCUCCUCGACCACUACCACCUGCUCCUACUCAGAGUCAAGGGUCCUCUAUUGAAGAUUUGAUCAAGGCUCUUGCAAGUAAUACUAUACAGUUCCAGCAGCAGACCCAGGCUUCAUUGAAGAAUUUAGAGAACACCAUGGGGCAGAUUGCAACAUCCUUGAGUAGGGGUGAGACGCAGAACAUUGGCAAACUCCCUUCUCAGGCUGAAAAGAACCCUAGAGAGAAUGCUAGUGCAGUAACCUUGAGAAGUGGCACCUCUUAUGACCCACCUAAAGUACCAUCACCACCUCCUCUACCAAACACACCACCACCACCCACAAAUGACAAUGACCCACCUAUCACAGCAUCUUUACCUAAACCCACCGUGACCUCACAUAUCACCCCUCCACCAUUCCCUAGUAGAUUGCGAAAAUCCAAGAAAGAGGAAAGUGAAAAGGAAAUUCUAGAAACAUUCAGAAAGGUUGAGGUGAACAUUCCUUUGCUUGAUGCAAUCAAGCAAGUACCGCGGUAUGCAAAGUUUUUAAAGGAGUUGUGUACAAAUAAGCGGAAAUUGAAGGGUGAUGAAAAAGUAAGUGUGGGGGAGAAUGUGUCGGUGGUGAUUCAGAAAAAGCUUCCCCCAAAAUGUAAGGAUCCUGGUACUUUUACCAUACCGUGCACUAUUGGGAAUAAGAGGAUUGAACGGUGUAUGCUGGAUUUGGGUGCCUCAAUUAAUGUCAUGCCAUUCUCUAUUUAUGCUUCCUUGAAUCUUGGUCCACUUGAAGAAACGGGGGUGAUUAUUCAGUUGGCGGAUCGAUCCAAUGCCUAUCCUCGGGGUGUUGUGGAGGAUGUCCUGGUUAAGGUAAAUGAGUUGGUUUUUCCUGCCGACUUUUAUAUUCUUGAUAUGGAGGAUGAAUCUGUUCCAUGCUCUACACCUGUUCUGUUGGGGAGACCGUUUUUGAAGACAGCCCGUACAAAGAUUGAUGUUCAUGAAGGUACUUUGACAAUGGAGUUUGAUGGGGAGUUGAUUCGAUUCAACAUCUUUGAAGCUAUGAGGUACCCGAGUGAUGUGCAGUCUAUUUGUUCUAUUGAUGUAAGUGAUUCCCUAUCUCAGCGGGUUCUUGAUCUACAUGGGGAUGACAAGUUGGAUGUGGCUUUAAGGGAGGAUAUUCACCUUGAAGCAAACUGGUUUCCUGAGGAGAUUGAAGAUGUGGUGGCUGCCUUGGACAGUUUUAUUGAGAAAUUUCACAAUCAGGUUUCCUACCUGGAACUACCUUUGUCUACUGAGAAGAUGUAA